GGGGAAGGGCACCGCCGGUGGCGCCCCGGAUCUACCCCGCUCUCCCCCCACCCCCCCGCGCCCGCGGCGCUCUCAGGUCUGAGGGGAAAGUCGGGGGGACCCGAUGGGCGAGGGGCGUCCGGGGAGCGGCCGCGGGGGGCUCUGCCCGGGGUUAGGGGCGCGGCCGCUGCGGUCUGGCCGAGUGCCCGGGACCAGUGAGUCACGGUGUCCGCUUCCCUUCCGCGUCCCCCGGAGGAAGGCCCAGCGGCCUCGCCCCGCGGGGGGAAAAGGGAAGCCCGAGGGCUGAGGGAGGAAUCCCUGCUUGGCUGGCCUUGCCCUCAGGCGUGAGCCUGGCGCCCUCUUCCCCUGGACCGCGAGGUGGCCGCGCCUCCCCGAGGCUGGCCGGCCCGCGCGUCCCUCUUGAAGUGCAGUUUUCCGAAAUCGUCCAAAAUAAAGCAGGGGACCUGGAAGCGCCAAUACGGCUGCACCCCCCCCCCCACCUGCCACCCCACUUCCAGAAAUGUUGUCCCAUGUUAGUUUGCAAUCCAUUCCUAACUGAGGCGUGUUAAUGAGGAAAGGCACGUUGCAAAAAAGAAAGAGAAAUAACCGUGCAGGAGUUUAGAAACGGUUUUGUGCCAGAAUAAACGACUUGUAAUGCCGUUUCUCCACGGGCUUUGGGGUGGUGAUGGGUAAACUCGAAGCUGCGUGAGGGUUCACUUGGAUGCUUGCAAAAAUCUAAUGACUCAGCCUUUUAGCAGCCGCGGACUAGGGCCAGUUACCGGCCCUGCUUUCCCAUAGUGCAAGGUGCCUCCGGGACUUGACUUUGAGCUACCUGACCUGUCCACAUGCUUACCUCUUAAUAGAUGGGAAAGUUCAUUCUCAGAACCUGUGUCAAGUCAAUUAGAUUUCCUUAUCCCCAGAGCAAAAAUCUUCCCAUGCUGAUGAUGCUUGUGUGUGUUCAGCUUAUUUGCUAUAGAAAUCACAGGCGUCGUGUAUCUGUCUUGUAGGUUUCAGCCAAACAUGUUCCCUGACCGGAAUCCUGAGUUCAACUUUAUGAUCAAAAAUUAAGAAACCAUGAGCAGAGGAGCUCAAGUGCAUGUUUUUUGGGGUGCUCCGGUUGGUCCCCUGAAAAUGACAGUAUCACAGGAAGCAGUGUCUCCAGCCCCCACUGCUGAGCCCUGGCGGGAAAUGCAGCUUCCACAGCUUGGCGGGAAGGAUGAGAACCUAGCCCACGAGAGUGAUGGGCAUGCUCAGGUCCCAGCAGAGCUUCCUGAUGGCCCCGUGUUAGUGAACCCCAUAAAUAGAUCCAUUCCUGAGAAAGAUGAAUUUACAUAUUGUCAUUCUGAAGCAGGAAGUGCAAAAUCUGUGAAGAUCCACCUGUCAGGACUGAAGGAUGUGACUAACCCUAAGUUGCAACCACAUGGAUUUCAGCAGUUAACAGAAGGGGGAAAGUACCAUGAGCUGCAGCAGGAAAACAAGAAAAUUACAAGUGAGCUGCUUACUAACCAGGCCUGCACAAGUGGUCGGGGCUUUCAAACUGACGGCUUGAGGUUAAAUCCCGAGAGUGCUGCCAUGUCCGGUGUGCCCUUCAGUGCCCAGCCAGUCGCGAUGGGGCCAGGCACUGUGGAAACCCAGCAGGAGCCAACAGCACAAGCCCCGUGUCAGGUGGUUGAGCUUGGACCUCGGGGAGCUGGGCAGACGCUCUCUGAGCAGCACGUGUCUGCUGCCACUGAGUUUCUCAGUGUGAUGACCUCCAGCCAGCUGGCUUUUUUAGCUAUGAGGAAGGAUGAAGGGCAGGCAUCUGUAAAUGCAGCGACUGUAAACAUGGAGACUGAGCCAGAGACCAGACUGGGGGAAGUGAGACCAACUGCAGCCCAGGAGAGUCAGUCCAGUGCCGACUCAGCAGAAGGAAGCGGGAGCGACCAAAGCCAAGCCCACUCGCUUGAACUUUUCAGUCCCAUGUGUUCUGACACAAGCAGCCACACCGACCUCAACUCUAAGAGAGCUCUUGUUGAAAACAUAGGAUCCCAAGAGCUUUUCAGCUCCGAGGAGGAACCGCUGCCCAGUGAGGUCGGGAUCGAGCUGUGUGGCUCCGGAAUACUCUGCUCCCAGCGAAGCACCUCCUGCAGGAGUGCGGCCCAAGGGACCCGGGCACCGAAAGACAGGCACGCCCCAUCUGAUGCCCCCCGGGCACCUAAGAAAAGGAAGCUGGCCUCUCCUACAGCCAACUAUGCCGUGACAGCGGGCCAGAGGACUGCUUUGGUGUCUAAGGGUGUGAAAAAGACAUCCUUAAUCAAAAGCUGUGACUCCAAAAGUCAGAAGUAUAAUUGUUUAGUCAUGGUGCUAGCUCCAUGUCACCUGAAAGAGGUCAGCAUCAAGUCGGGCCCCAACGCUGGCACUAAAGUGCCCUUAGCGACGAUUGUGGUAACGGAUCAGUCAGAAGCCACCAGGAAGGUUUCCCUGUGGAGGACUGCCGCGUUUUGGGCACUGACAGUGUUUCUUGGAGAUGUGAUUUUACUGACAGAUGUUACCAUUCACGAAGAUCGGUGGGCGGCUGAGACGGUGCUCCAGUCAACAUUUACCAGCCAGCUGCUGAAUCUCGGCACUUACUCAUCCGUGCAACCUGAAGAAUAUUCCAGUGUUGUUAGUGAUGUUGUACUUAGAGACUUACUGGCAUAUGUGUCUACAAAACAUCCCUAUCUCAGAGACCUACCUCACAGACGGCCUCAGAGGGUGAACUGCAUAGAGUCCGUAGAAUUGGAGCAGCUCCAGUCUGAUACGCUGGUCCAUGCAGUGGUGAGAGUUGUGGAUGUCACAGUACUUACAGAGGCUUCCUACAGUUACAGAGGACAGACGCAAAGGAAGGUUGUGUUAACAGUGGAACAGACCCCGGGUCAACAGUACGUGCUGGUGUUGUGGGGUCCUGGGGCAGCGUGGUACCCUCAGCUUCAAAGGAAAAAAGAUUGUAUUUGGGAAUUUAAAUAUCUUUUUGUUCAGCGUAAUUGUGUACUAGAAAGCCUGGAACUGCAUACCACACCCUGGUCAUCCUGUGAGUGCUUCUUUGAUGAUGAUGUAAGGGCGAUUACAUUCAAAGAAAAAUUUCAAAAACGCACACCCUCCUUUUUGAAGCUGUCAGACUUAGCAACUCAGCUACAAGAUAAGCAUUCAGGAGUGAGCCUGAUAAAAGCCCGGGUUUUAGAGCUGGUGUUUCCUGGCGCAGCAGCUGAGACAGUCACCCUGAAUGCGCUCACGUCCCUGCACAGGGUCUUCUCUUGUCUUCCCCAGCUCACAUACACCGGCUGUGCCAAGUGCGCCUUGGCACUAGAGAGAGAUGAGAACAGGAUCUACAAGCAGUGUUUUACCUGCUUGCCGUGCACGACGAAGAAGGUGUACUACAGGCCAGCCUUGAUGACCGUGGCUGACGGAAACUAUAAGAUUCAUGUCCAUGUUGGCUCGGAGCUGAUGGAGAAGAUUCUGCUCAACAUCUCCCCAGACUGCCUUGACCGAGUAAUAGUACCCUCGUCCGAGGUCACCUAUGGGAUGGUCGCCGCAGACCUGCUGCACUCCCUGCUGGCUGCCAGCGCGGAGCCUUGCGUGUUGAAGAUUCAGAGCCUUUUCGUGUUAGAUGAAAACAGCUUCCCGCUGCAACAGGACUUCUCCCUGCUGGACUUCCACCCCGGCAGCAUGGUGCCUGGCACCUCGGCCCUUUCUGACGCCUCGAGAAGACACGGCGGCCCUUCAAGGAGGGCGCGCUGAGAUGACCUGUCUCCUGAAGCAAAUGAAUUGACUGGGUUUUUAACUUUUAAACAAAUAUAUUUUAAAAACAGGAUUGUGUUAAAUAAAACUAUUUUU